AUGUCCAAGUCGUGCAACGCGCUUCGCUCCACUCUCACUGCUCUACGGCAGAUUCGUAAUAUGAGCAAUUUCACGCCUGCAAGUCGUGUUCAAGGAGCCAAACCUAGCAUCUGGGUGGAAUUUACAACUCUUGCACGUGAAUGCGAGGCUGUGAAUCUUGGACAGGGCUUUCCAAACGAACCUGUGCCACAAUUUGUCACUGAUUCACUGGGACAUGUUGCUGCUCAUCCGGAGCAAUUUUCAUGGCAUCAGUACACGCAAGUUGAGCUUUUU